AGAUCUACUUUUACUUUGCCCUACGCCGACAACUAGCAAUAUAUCGGUAUGUUAUCUCCAGUUCAUGGAUGUAGCAGCAGUACGUACGGUGUGUGAGCUGCGUCCGGACUAACAGAGGUUCUAGUGACAAUAUAGGACCUACUCGUUACGCAUUGCAACCAAAGUAAACAACUGGUAACGACAAAGCUUUAGAAGAUGAAAUUGACAACAACUUUUUUCUUACUGAUGAGCAUUGUGAAUGUGUGUUACUGUUCAAGUCUGGAAUUGCAUACAGAUGUAGUUCUCUUUGGGGCUCUUGGAGACCUGUCAAAAAAGUAUCUGUGGCAGAGCUUUUUCCAACUCUAUCUCAACGAACAAAAUGAAAACAAGACAUUUUCUUUUUAUGGAAUUUCGAGAGAUUUCCAAGAAGAGGGUUCCAAAAAGCUGUCCAAAAUUUUGGAUAACGUUAGUUGCAAAGAAAAAAUUGGCUCUUUGUGUGAUGUAAAACUAUCAGAAUUCAGGCAGCUCGUAAAGUAUGUGCAACUAAAGACAGAUGACCAGUUUGAAACCUUUGGAAAACUAAAUUUAACAAAUGAACAAAAAAAUCCAAACCAGAAACUUGGGAGGAUAUUCUAUUUAGCUCUUCCUCCAAAUGUCUACUCCUCAGUUGCCGGUAAACUGUCAUCGUGCUGCAAGCUCAGCUUGAAUCAAUCUUGGUCUAGAUUAGUUUUAGAGAAGCCAUUCGGAAGUGAUCUGCAGUCUGCACUUUCAAUGGCAAAAGAGAUUGGCAAGUACUUUAAUGAAGAGGAAAUUUACAGGGUGGAUCACUAUCUUGCAAAGUCAGUGGUGAAACAAGUUCUACCAUUCAGAAACAGGAACUUUGAAAAGAUGGAGCCAAUUCUGAAUAAUGAGCAUAUAGAGAGAAUUGAGAUAGCGAUGAAGGAGCCAAUUGAUAUCAAAGGUAGAAUAGAAUACUAUGACAAGUAUGGGGUGAUCCGAGAUGUCAUGCAAAAUCAUCUGACAGAGUUGCUGGCCUUGGUGACCAUGGAGAUGCCAAAGAACUUGCAAAAUGACUCUGAAGCAAAUAAGAAAAAGAACAAGUUACUUAUUCAAGUGAAAGAGGUAAAAGAAGAACAAGUUGUGAUUGGACAAUAUUCAAAAUACUUACAACAUGCAAAACAAGAAAAUUCAAAUGUGUCUGUGUCUGUAUAUACUCCAACCUUUGCUGCGGCUCUGUUGAAUAUUGAUUCUGCAAGAUGGCAUGGGGUUCCCAUUAUCCUGAUGUCAGGAAAAGCCUUGGAUGAAAGGUCAAGUUAUAUAAGAAUCAUAUUCAAAGAUAGCAUAAUGUGUGUGUGUGGAUGUAAAUCCUUCAAUGUCUCUCAACACAGUGCUAAACAAAUCAUCUUCCAAAUUAAUCCGGGAAGCUUACCAACUGUAGGCAUAUUAGUGUCAAAGAACUUGUUUUCUCCUCAGUUACCAGAGGGACUUGAAGACAUGGUUGUUACAGCACAGGAAUCAUUUGUUUUUGGACAAAGUUUGAACGAGUUUUACUUUUCUGUUCCAAAGAAGGAUGAAAAUGCUUAUGUGACAGUUGUUAAAGAUCUAUACUUGGGAGAUAAAAAGAGUUUUGUGACAACAGAAGGUCUAGAAAACUUAUGGAAUAUAUGGAGCCCAGUUGUAGAAAAAACUAAACAUAAAUAUCCAAAGCCUUAUUUUGAAAACAAUGACAUUUCUUUAAAUUUUCAAUUUAGUGAUAAUGUUUUAAAAUAUGCUGACACAAAAUACAGUUUAGCUGAAGAGGAAUUAUUUGAAAAAGAUAAGUUGUCAGUUUCUGCCAUUCCAUCGCAUUUUCUAGGUCAUAAGUUGCAAGUAAAACCAGAAAUACAAUUGUAUAUCUCAUUAGCUGAGAAUGUUAAUAAGGUUGCAAAAGAUUUUGCUGCUAGAGAGGAUGCAUUUCAUAUAGCUUUAUCAGGAGGAACAAGUUCUGUCCAACUGUACAGAACAAUUUUGAAAAGGUUUCCUAAAUUUCCAUGGAAAUGGACCCAUAUUUGGCAAGUGGAUGAAAGGUGUGUAUCUUACAAUGACCAAGAAUCUAACUUUAAAACUAUUGAUGAGGAACUUUUGCAACAUGUUCAAAUUCCAUACACUAAUAUUCACCCCAUGCCUGUAAACAAAGUGGGUAUACUUUGUUCAAAGGGGAGUGAAGAAACCUAUAUAGCAGAGCUAAUCCACCAUAUCCCAGAGCUGGAGCUGGACUAUGUCAUUCUGGGUGUCGGACAAGAUGGGCAUACUGCAUCUCUUUUCCCAAAGUCAGCAUUGCUGGAAGAAGAGAAACAUCUAGUGAACAUGACAACCACUGAAUCGGGUCAGAAAAGAAUGACAUUGCUGUAUUCCAUCAUCAACAAGGCCAAAAAUAUUGCAGUUAUAGUGAGUGGACAUCGUAAGCAUGAUAUAGUGGACUCGCUCGGUAGAAGUGAAAGAAAGUUGAAAAGUAGUUACCCCAUCCUGGGUGUGAAUCCUCAGUUUGGAAAUAUGACAUUUUAUGUUGAUAAUGCUGCAUGGUUUGGUCAAUAAAACCAAUGAACACUUACAAAAAUGAGUAAAUUCAGUGCAUGUUUAGGUCAACUGAGUGUUUCAUGUGACCCAUGUUUGUCUAUUGUCAUCUGUUGUGCAUCAUCCAUUGUCAACUUUUAAACAUUUUCAACUUCUCUUCAGAAACUACAUGUAUAUGGCCAAUUCUCACAGAUUUUAGUGUGUGGUAUUGGCUUCAUUCUAUCUGUCUGUCUAUCCCACACACAUUUUGUUCAUUUACUUUUUACAAAACUUGUGGAAAUGAUGUAUUCGAUGUACACCUGGGCACCGUGUAUGUUCAGAUUAAUUUGUUUGAUUUUGAGAAACAUAUUGCCAUUUUUGCAUAACAUUUUUGUACAACCUACUACUGUCCUCCCCAAUAAACAAAGCUUGGGAAUGUGUUGAU